AUUUUGUGUAUAUAUAUAUAUCUAUUCACUUCUAAUUUCUUAGGUUAUUACUCCAUUUGUGUUAAAGAGAAGCCCCACUGAGGUCAUCUGCUACUUGUGAUAAAAGAGUGAGAGAAAAUCUAUGGUGAAUGUGACAACACAGUGAGGUAGAUAAUGACCCAUCAUUGCUGGCUGAGGAAAAAGGGUAUGAACCAAUUUAUUUUUCUUCACCCAUUUUAGUACAAAAAUUGUUUCUUUACUACAUGCCAUGAAUAACAAACUCCAUGGAUGAAUGGGGAGGAAUUUUGAAGGGCUGGGAUGAAUUUGCAACAGCUAGACUAGGGGGGGUGUCAUUUUAUUGGGGCCAUUGGAUAUUUUGUGUUGGAUUUUCUGUGUCUCCUUUAAUCAGACACAGUCACACGCUCCAGUUUGCAUCUUUAGUACGUUCCCAUUCAUUUACUCCUCUCUGUACAUGCAUGCGCUGCCUGUAUAUAUACACACAUACAUGUUGGACAGUAAAUUGUGUUUUCUGUUUGAUAGAGGUAAUAACUAUGCGAUUAAUUUCUCACUGAUCAAGAAUGAUAUUAGAGCCCUAGUUUAGACCUAAAUCUUUUUAUUUGACAUUUUGGGUUUGUUUGUUUACAUUCAUUAUUUUUUUUUUAGAAAAAAACACAUAUAUACAUAUUUGUGUUUCAUGUAUAUGUACAUGUAUAUAUGUACUAAGUCCAAUCUAAGCCACUCUGGCAGGGCCACUGAAUUAAAAGCAGCCUUUAGUUUGGGUUUAUUGAACAGUGUUCCAAUAUCUCUGCAGUGCCUCCCUUUGUUUGAAUCCCUUUGUCACUCACUCAUCACAUCAAUGUCACAAAGGGUCUUCAUCCUUUGAAUCUCCCGAAAUCAAGGAAUAAAAUACUCCAUUUGUUAUAGAAUUGGUUACUGAUGUGAAACUAUAUCUACUUCUAUCUUGAUAUGAAAAUUAAGUUAAGAAACUGUGUAUUCUGUCCAAACUUAGAGAGCUCAUUUGAGUAUGUUGAGAUAUGGACUUCAACAAGACGACAUGUGAUCCCCUUGUGUUAAUUAGAUGAGAGAGAUACAUACAUUUAUUGGCUGAGCAUACAUCAUAUAUGGUGUGGUCCAUACUUAAACAAGACAACUGAAAGAAGGAAAUUGUUCUUUAAAUAUUGACAAAAAAUGUCUCUGUUUUUACCAAUUUGCCAGGAUAUAUAUAUGUGCAUGCAUCUAAGUAGAAGACAAAAUCAUAGCUUACUUUACCAAGUAGAAUUCAUUAACUUGGGGGCAGAUCCUACAGUGAGUUGCCUGCCCAGUGCAUCAUUUCAGCUACACAUUAUAUAUAUACCAAUAAUAAAAUAUUGAAAAAUAACAAUAUACUUAAAUGAUCAACCAAUGCCUUUAGUUUUAGUUUACUUGUUUUGACUCUUUUUUCAAGGGACUGAAGAAUGGCUCCAUUCAUAUGUAAAUUAUGCGUCUGUUAUUGUUUGUCGUUUGGUUUAAUUGCUCAGACAUAUUUGUGGUUGCCUGUCUGUCUUUAUGUGUGCUUCCUGGAACUCAUGUUUUUUAGAGAGAGAGAGAGGUUUGCAGUUGGGACACAGCACCAAAACAAAAUAUUUGUAUACAUAGAAAUUCUUUUGGGGGAAAUGGGAAAUCAAUCAUUGGGAAGAAAAUAGUGUAAUCAUUUCAACCAUCAGGAGAACUCUCUCUCUCUGUCUCUCUUUUUCCCUCUCUCUCUCUAUAUAUUAUAUCACACACAGGUCAUAGAGUAGAAGAAGAUGAUGCAUCACAAGAAUGUGAGCAGCAAAACUCAUGGCAGCAACUGGUUAGAUUUCUAUCCUUCAAACCAAAUGAAAAUGGAGGCCAUAGCCAUGGCGGCCACUUCAGAUCCUUCUACUUCAGCAAGACUCAAGCUUUUCUCUUCCCUCUUCCCUUUCCCACUAAUGCCAGUCAAGUCAGAUGGUUCUCUCUGCCUCCUCGCAGCCCAUCAACAAGAUUCCUCCCCUCAACUUGAAGAUUUGACAAUGGCAGCUCAAAGGGAUGCCAUGGUUUCACCUCUGGACAUGGCUGCUACUUACAGCAACCAAUACUCCUCACCAUGUCUGAAUAAGACAUGGAUUCCUUCCGACCUUGUUGUUCAUGAAAAACCUGAAAUUAGGAGUGCUGAAAUCCCGCCAUUGAGUUUAUCCAGCUCCCAGUCAAGCUGCAUUACUGAAUAUAUGUCCAUGGAAAGCAAAAGAAACCUCCUUGGGAAAAUGGCACCAAGAAAAUCCUUAGAUUCCUUUGGUAACAGAACUUCUCAGUACAGAGGAGUCACCAGACAUAGAUGGACAGGUAGGUAUGAAGCUCAUUUAUGGGACAAUAGCUGCAAGAAAGAGGGACAAACUCGAAAAGGAAAACAAGUUUACCUCGGAGGGUAUGAUAAUGAAGAGAAAGCUGCCAGAGCUUAUGAUCUUGCAGCCCUCAAAUAUUGGGGAAACUCAACCUACAUUAACUUCCCAUUGGGAAACUACUACAAAGAGCUCGAGGAGAUGAAGAACAUGACUCGGCAAGAGUAUGUCGCACACUUGAGGAGGAAAAGUAGCGGAUUUUCGAGGGGUGCUUCGAUCUACAGAGGUGUCACGAGGCACCAUCACCAUGGGAGAUGGCAAGCUAGAAUUGGCCGAGUUUCCGGGAACAAAGACCUCUACCUCGGAACUUUUGGCACACAAGAGGAGGCAGCCGAAGCUUAUGAUGUAGCAGCCAUCAAGUUCCGGGGAGUCGGGGCCGUCACGAACUUCGACAUUUCGCAAUACGACGUGGCUAAGAUCAUGGCAACUGGAGCUCUUCCGAUCGGCGGUAGCGAGACCACGAGGCAGGCCAAAGAUAACGCCGCCGCCACCGCAGCAGAGCUUCGGUCGACAGUUCGCCGGAUUCCGUCGUCUCUGUGUCGCGACCAUUCGAGCAUGGAUGAUUCCGGCAUUGGUAACGAUCGACAUCCCGGAUUUUUGGACACCUUGCAUGAUCUUAUUGCCGUCGGGAUGAAUCCCGUCUUCGCUUCGCGGAACGACGCUUGAAUUCGUGUAAUAAAAUGAUCGGUAUUAACCUCUCUUGUCGAGUUUUCGUAUUGUGCUAUUUAAUGUGCUCUUAUUUAAUACUUUUUCGGUA